AAAGGAUACGACAGGAUGCGAAGUAACUUCAGUGCAAUUUCUGAUACAGCCGAGAUUCGAACGCGCUCCGCUGACAGCAGUGAAUGCCACAACGGUGCAAGAAACUAUACUAAUCUGAUAAAGAAGAAAGCAAACAAAAAGUAUAUUAAACAGGCUUAACUAUAAAUACCCAUAAAAGUGUUUAAAUUAACAUACAAUUAGGCUAAGCAAACAUCAUUAAAAUAUUGCAACAACUAAACAGAGAUAAUAACGGCUAAUACUAUACAAAGAAAAACAUUUCCUCACUUCUCCACAUUAAUGCCGCCGUAGUGCGAUACGCAACAUAUAAAAUGGAUUUAAUUACCCAUAAAGGAUUACGUUAACAUUAAAAGGGAUAAUUUAGCAGCACAUCAGCGGCGACCAUACACUGUUACUCUGACAGCAACAGCAGACGUCAACGUCGUAUACAGUUACGCAUGAGUUUAGUGGAUUACUAGCAGUACAUUCAAUGUGACAGCAACAGCAACAGCAACAGCAACAGCAACAACAACCAGCUAACUAACAACGCACAUAAAAUAAGUGGCUUAAAUAACAUUAUAAAGGGCUCUCGUGCGUGUGUGUGCCUGUGCGCCUGUGUGUUUGCGUCUGUGUAUGCGUUUGACGUGCUAACAAAACAGCAAACCACAACAAUACGAAUUCGCAAUGGAUUUAUUAUUUCUAUUACAUUUACUCAUUCUACUCGUCAGUCAAAAUGUUGCUGUGCUCGGCCAAUUGGAUAGCAGUUGGCUAACCUUGGCACCCUCAACACCGUCUAUUACACAUUUUGUAAAUGAUUCCUUCAUUAUAUUCUGUAAAACAGUACAAAAGGAUGCGAAUGCGAAAUGGAAAGACCCCAAAGGGGUGCCCAGGGAAAAUACAAAAGGGCGUGUGCAUAUCGAAAAUAAAACUGGAUUUUUGGCGUUGGUCUUCGAGCACAUUGCGCUGACGGACAAGGGCAACUGGACGUGUGAAGCAACGUUGACUAACAACAACAACAACAACAACAAUGAGGCCACAUCAUCGGCAGCAUCAACGCCGGAUGCUGGCAGCACCGCAACAGUGGCCAGCAGCGGUGAGGCGAGGAAGUCUUUUGAGCUGCUCGUAAAUCAGAAAAUCUCCUUUGACAAAACGGAGCUGGUGCAGUCAGCGGGUGAGGGUCGUGACGCCACGGUCAAGUGUUUUGCUAAAGGUGAUCCCCGUCCGGAAGUGUCCUGGCUAUACAAUGGCGGUUAUAUAAACACCGUCAAUUCGACCAAAUAUAAAAAACUCUCCGAUGGACUCUUCAUUAAGAAUGUACAGCAAUCGGAUGCUGGUGAGUACACGUGUCGUGCAAUGAGAAUCACACCAACUUUUGCGGAUACCGAACAAAUUACGAUUCUACUGAGGAUACAACAUAAGCCCCAUUGGUUCGAUAAUGACACUUCAUUGGUGCAAUAUGCAUAUAUCGGCGGUAUGGUGAAUAUUUCAUGCGAUGCAAUGGGUGAGCCGCCACCCUCGUUCACCUGGGUGCAUGAGGGGCGUGCCAUUACCGGACGUAAUUAUCGCCUUUUCUAUGCCGAUUACGGUUCAACGCUACAGAUACAUGUCCGAAAUGAGACACAACUCGGCGAUUAUAAGUGCAAAGUUGCCAAUCCGUUGGGUAUGUUGGAGCGCAUAGUUAAACUGCGUAAGGGUCAGAAACCGAGCGGACCGACACGUUUCCAAUUGCUGCGCGCAUUCAUCGAUGGCUUCGACCUCGACAUCAGAUCGGUGAAAUAUUCGAAUAUGGAGGAGAUUAUGCGUACGUACGGCUAUCGUGUGCAAUAUAUGAGUGAGAGUGAUUUUAAGCAUAGCGCGGGCAAUUGGAGUUAUGCCAAACAUAAGGAUUUCAACUUGCAACGUGGUGGACGCUUUGUGCUCGACGGUUUGGACCGCAACACCACGUAUUUGGUACGUGCCGCAACGCGCAAUCUAGCUGGUCUUAGUGAUUGGAGUACGGUGAAAAUUUUCGCAACACUAACAAAUUUCGCACGAAGAACCGUUACGUAUAUUAUCUGGCAAACAUGUUUAGUAGUUGGCUUAGGAUACUCACUUAGUGAAUAUGUCAAAUUUAGUGCGUAUAUUUAAGUUUGUAGCAACAUGGACUACAACUAAUACAUACAUAUGUACGUGUAUGUAGUUGAUUGUGUAUUUGUAUAUGUGAUUGAGCACAUACAUACAUACAUACAUCCAUAUAAAGUAAGUCACUCUAACAAUUCAUGCCUUCCUCUCUCCUAUUUCCCCACUCUCCCCCAAAUGCUUUACUUGUUCCUUAGCAAAUUAUUGGUAAAAUACAUACAUACAUAUAUUAUAUGUGUGGUGGUAAUAGGUAGGGCCUAUAGUGAGGUGCGAUCUCUGUUAAAUAGUUAUUUGAUACACACUACUACAUGCAUUGUUGUUGAAUGUUUACGAUUAUUAAAAUUUAGUACGAGUAUGUACAUGCAGUUGUGUGUGUAGUUAAUUCUGUUAUAUUUUUAUGUACCUGAUUUGUUUUGAAUACAGACUCUGCAUAUGUACUUACAUACAUAUAAUGAGUUGGAAAUGCACCUUGAACAUUUUUAGAAAAUUACACUGCUUUUAGAUUCUGUGAUAUUUAAAAAAAAUAAAUCGCAAAUUUUGUUAUUAUUGUUUUUGCGAAUCCCGAAAUUUCGAAAUUCUAUAAAAAUUUCGAGAUUAUUUUUGCAAAUAUGAGAGGUUAUAAAAAUUUUAUUUUAUUUAUUUAUUUUUUAAUUCAGAAAUUUCGGGAUUGUGAAAUAUUUCUUUCGUGGUCCCCCGACUUGUUUGUUUUUUUAGAAAUAUUCAAAGCCAAAAAAAUUUUAACUUUUGCAUUUUCAUUAUCAUUUAUUCUUUGUAAUAACUUCUACGGUUACUCCUGACCUUGCAUGAUCCCGAUUUUUUCUUUUACAGUUUUUCAAAGUUUAAAAUUAUUAUAAAUUUUAUAUUUGAAAAGAAAUUAAAUAUUUAAAUCUUUUUAUUUAUACUAGCCAACUUUUAUUUUUCAUAUCGAAAAUUUUGUGUUAUAAAAUUUUGUGUUUUGUGUUAUAAAAUAUUAUUGUCGGGAACCCUAUAUUUUCCUUUAAGGGGUUAGGGAUAGUCAGGAAUUUCAAAAAAUCAUUUUUUUGUUUUUUGCAAUUUCGUUAAGUGGUAUAUCAAAAAAAGUAUCCUCUGAAAAUUUGAAGUUGAUCCGAUAAUUACUUUUCGAGUUAUUCGACAAAUAACAAAGAACGUCCAGGCACUCCAACACGAUAGUAUGAAACUUUAAAUGCGUUUAUCUCAAAACUAUGAUUUUUGAACUGGUGGCAGCUGUAACUCGAUAACCGCUCAGUAGAUUUUAAUAAAAUUCAUACAGCUUUUAGAAUAAGAUAUAAUAAACUCAGGCCUGAUCGAAGGAUUUUUCUUCAAAAAUUUCGAAUUUUUAAGAUCAAUUAACUGUUGAUUUUUUCACGAAAAUCUUGAAAAAAAUUUCCUGAGGCCGCCAAUUAACUGUUGAUUUUUUUCGCGAAAAUCUAAAAAAAAAAUUUCCUGAGGCCGCCAUUUUUCUAACUUUUGAAGAAAAAGCUUAGAUCAGGCCCAGGAUUAUCUAUUUAUAAAACUACUUUUUUUUUAUCCGAUUGAUUUUAAAUGAAUCUCCAAGGACUUAUGAUUAUCACCGCAAGUACCUUUUUUUGAAACUGGGUCAACACAGACAGAGCUAUAACUUUGGAAAUUAUAAAUUUUAUUUUUUAAAUUUUCGUGACUUCGAGUCGAAACAUUUUUUAAUAACGCCAUAUUACUACUUUUGUAAAAUAAAUUGAUUUAAUAGCAAAAAAAAAUUACUGAAAAUUCUAAUUUUUCCUAUCUCUGACUACCCCUAACCCCUUAACAAUUCAAUAGGGACGCUACAAAAGUAGACCGAUAGGGACAGCGAACGACGCCAUAUUUUUUUCUUUUGCCAUUUCUAUUCAGUAAUGUGUGCCAUUUCAUCAUGGAUACGAUCCAACAACGAGUUGAAAUUAUAAAAAAAUUACUACCGAAAUUUGAAGUCAGUGGCGUUAUUAGUCAGGAUCC